AUGACAACCUACGACCAAGAUGAAAAUAUCAUGUUGGCAACAUUAUUGGGAGGAGUCUGGCCCCGUAGUCCAUUUAUGGAGGAGAUCGCCCGAAAGACACCGUCAACUUUGAGGGAGUUUAUGGACCGGGCGGAUGGCUUAGCAGUAGAAGCGGAAAGGAACCUAAGUCUACAGGAAGAGUGGAGACAGGGUCCGUCGCCACCCAAAUACUAUUCCUUUCACAGAAGCAGUGGGCACAACACCCAAGAUUGUUAUACGAAAUGGGGAAGAUUUGACGAUCCGAAGACCCGAACCGGCCGGCGCAAUGAUGAAAGGAGUGAGUCACGGCGAGAAUAUCGCCCUAACUCCUGGAGAAAUCAAGACCAGAGUCCCAUCCGAAGAAACCAAGAAUGGAGCCCCAUUUGGAAAAGCCGGGACCGAAGUCCCAUUCGGGGAAGUCGGGAUCCAGCCAGCAGAAGCUAUAGCCCAGUUCGCAAAGGCUAUGGUUCUGUUCGGAAGAAAAAUGCAAGUCCUGGCAGAAGAAAGACUACACACUCCUGUAAAGAGGACCUGCAUCAAAGAAAUUCUAAAAGGGAAGAACCCCCCGUAGGGGAGAUCAACACCAUAGCCGUGGGGUAUGCAGGGGAAGCCACUUCCUCAGCUCAGAAGGCCCAUGCAAGGAAGGCCAGGUACGGAGAAGUGUUCUCCACCCAACGACUGCACCGCAAAGACCCUUCCAGGGAACACCUAAUAACAUUCAGUGAAGAGGAUGGGGAGGGUUUAUUACGACCUCAUGACGACGCGUUGGUGGUGAUGGCACAGAUAGCCAACUAUCGGACUAGGAGGGUAUUGAUCGAUAAUGGCAGUUCUGCAGACAUCCUCUUUUGGGAAGCUUUCAGUAGAAUGAGAAUUUCUCCCGACCGGCUACGGCCAGCACCAAUGCCCCUUAAAGGCUACACCGGGGAUGCCAUCCAGCCAGCUGGUGCAAUCGCCAUGUCCGUACUAGUAGGCAUGGCCCCCAAAACCACAUCCCUCAUGGUAGACUUCCUGGUGGUCAAGGCCCCUUCCUCGUACAAUGUGAUAGUUGGGAGACCGUUGUUGAACCAAAUAAAGGUUGUCACUUCUACAUACUACCUAAAAGUAAAAUUUCUCACCGCAUGCGGGGUAGGAGAGAUGCGAGGUGAACAACAGGCUGUGAGGGACUGCUAUACCAGGGAGAUGAAGUCAAAGGUGGUAAUCAUACAGACUCUAGCAUCAAGCCGCAGGCAAGCUGCCAAACCAGCGCCACCCGUUCGGACAGGACAAGAGCAGGAGGAGGAAAACAGAGAGGCACAAGAACAGGCGAGACUCGAAGGGGUAGUCUAG